UACUGUCUGAAAAGUGUAUGGAUAACACUCGCUCUUUUUGCGAUGUUAAAAACGAAUUCAGCAUGACUGUACAUUACCUUCUCAUUCAGGACAUUAAGGAAUGCGCCCUCUUUAAGUGACAUGUUUUUCAUUCUUCUACGAGGUAGUGAUGCAAAAAAUUAGAAAGAGUAACGAGGCUAAAGGAAGAUCCAGGUGACAAAACGCGAUUUGUUGUCGCUGACACAACGAAGUCGUCUUCGAUAGGGACUGUGUUGAGGGCCUCGACGAUAAUUUGAAACUCCUUAAACACGCCUUAGCUGAACUGUUUUUGGAGACUCUUUCUCUUGAGGAACGACUACAGUUAUUCAACCGACAAACAGAACAAGUAGAGAAGGAGAAGAGGAACUCAGAAAGAGAGUUCAUAUGCGGGAUGGGUCAGACACUAACAAGGUUAAACUUUUGGAGAGCACGAGAUGAAUUAAGAGAUACAGAGGCGACCAUCAGAUACCUAAGACGAGAAAUCAAUAGAAAAGAGGAGAGGGUAUCAGAAUUAGAGAGAAUUAAAGAGGAAAGAGACGCAACAGUUUCUGAUCUAAGAACACAACUGAAUGAGAUGGACCGGCGAAAUAUUGAACUCAGGCAAGAGCAAAUAUCUUCUCAGAGCCAACAGCUACAAUUGAGACCAGAAGUAAAAAAAAAUCGUGACUGGGUUAUAAAUCGAAAUGAAGUUCAACUAAUGCGUAAAAUUCUCGGAAAAGGAGCAUGGGGGAGCGUGGUCCAGGGUAAAUUUCGCUGCUGUGAUGUUGCUGUAAAAGAAAUGCAUGAUGUAAUUGUGUCUCCUUACAACAUACAACUGUUUGAAAGAGAAAUCGACAUGGCCUCGAGAUGUCGCCAUCCUUGUUUGUUGCAGUUUAUUGGGGCAACGGCAGACGAUAAGAAACCGCUCAUUGUAACGGAACUCAUGGACACAAGCCUAAGGAAACUAUAUGAAGAUCACAAACUUACCGGAAAAGAAGUUUUCGUUAUCUUUCUAGAUGUGGCUCUAGCUCUAAACUACCUGCACCAAAACACACCCGAACCCAUAAUCCAUCGGGACGUUAGUAGCGCUAACGUAUUAUUAUGGAAAAAGGGAGAGCAAUGGAGAGCAAAAGUUUCUGAUUAUGGUACAGCCAAUUUUGUUCGCCAGAGCGUGAGUAACUACGCAGGCGCUGUACCUUAUUGUGCACCGGAGAUCGUUGAUGAAACGGGAUGUAACAGCUGUAAGGUUGAUGUCUAUAGCUUUGGUGUUCUUCUUUGCGAAGUGUGCAUCAGGGAACCGCCAAAUCCUAAUGAACGUCGUCGCCAAGUAAAGUUGGUAAGGGACGACGGAUUUAGACACCUUGUAGAUAGCUGCCUGAUGGAAGCACCCGGUGACAGGCCAAAUAUGGAGGAGAUAAUAACUAAACAUUUAAACCAAACUUUGCCUAGUAAAACGGCCUAUCUUUAUAGUAAGACCUUACCUACUGACGAAUCACUGCCCGUUGUAAGUAUUUAA